GAUCUGGCGCCAUCUGGCCUGGGUGAGGCGUCGGGGGCCCCGCUACCGUCUCCCGACUCCGACAGGAGGGGCCUGGAGCUGCGGAGCAGGAUAUGGCAGGCUGCUCUUUGGAGUUUAUUGCACUCGAUUAGGGAUCGUUUCUCAGAAUCAAGGAGUUAGAAGUGAGAUUUGAGAUAAGUGAGGCCCAUCCAGUGCUGCUUGGGACGCCUCAGAAGGGAAAAUGGAAUUUUCAGGAAUGAAAAAGAAGAGUUUGCUAGGAUUCAAAGAAAAUAAUAAAAAAUCCAGCACUAGGGCUCCCUCUCCAACCAAGCGCAAAGAUCGGACUGAAGACAAAUCCAAGGACAGAUCUAAGGACAAAGUGUCCACCAAGGAAUCAAGUGAAAAGGAUCGUGGUCGGGACAAAACACGCAAAAGGCGCAGUGCUUCCAGUGGUAGCACCAGUACCAGGUCCCGCUCCAGCUCCACUUCCAGUUCAGGGUCCAGCUCCAGCACUGGUUCCAGCAGUGGAUCCAGUUCCUCCUCUGCAUCAAGCCGCUCUGGGAGCUCCAGCACCUCUCGUAGCUCCAGUUCCAGCAGUUCCUCUGGAUCCCCAAGCCCGUCUCGACGUAGACAUGACAACAGGAGACGUUCCCGCUCCAAGUCUAAGCCACCCAAGAGAGAUGAAAAGGAGCGGAAGAGACGGAGUCCAUCGCCCAGACCUACCAAAGUUCAUGUUGGGAGACUCACCAGAAAUGUGACCAAGGAUCACAUCAUGGAAAUAUUUUCCACUUAUGGGAAGAUUAAAAUGAUUGACAUGCCAGUUGACAGGUUAAAUCCACAUCUCUCCAAGGGUUAUGCUUAUGUGGAGUUUGAGAAUCCAGAUGAUGCCGAAAAGGCGCUGAAGCAUAUGGAUGGAGGACAGAUUGAUGGUCAGGAGAUCACUGCUACAGCUGUACUGGCACCUCGGCCUAGGCCACCUCCCAGGCGCUUUAGCCCACCAAGGAGGAUGCUGCCGCCACCACCAAUGUGGCGUAGGUCGCCACCUCGCAUGAGGAGAAGGUCCAGAUCUCCAAGACGCAGGUCCCCUGUUCGCCGACGGUCAAGAUCUAGAUCUCCAGGCCGAAGACGUCAUCGCAGCCGCUCCAGCUCAAACUCUUCACGAUAAAGCAAAAAAGACUGGACAGCUUUUUAUUUUUUAACUUAAAUCCCACCAGACUAAAUAUUGUACCUUUUUUAUAAUGGGCCUGGGUAAGGGAAAGUGAGAGAAAUCAAAACCUGGCAGUGAAGGCAAACUAAGAGGAGAGGGUUUCCUGGCCAGUAGGCAAUCUGUGCCUUGCAGCUUCUAGAUUCCAGGCAUUGAACCUAAAUGCUUUAAAUGUGGCUUUGGGUUGAAGGCUGCAAAUGUGGUAUAUUGUUUUCCACACAAGCCACCAGUAGGAAAGAUGAUGUAGCCUCUGCUCCUCUAAUCAGCAGGCUCCUGCUUCAUGAUUUCUGAAGGCGUAGCAUGCCGUGCAGAAAAAACUAAGUACUGACCUAUUUUGGGAAUCAUAAGGCUGGCUACUACUAAGAGAAGGGGUGGUGGUGGUGGCUAUAUCCAUCUCAAGGCACCAGUGCAGACCUACAGAAGUGGUGGUACCCAAACACAGAAAUCUGCCUCAAACUUAAAUAUGCAGUUGUCAUUCUGCUCCUAUGCCCCGAAUAGUGAGAGCAUAAAUUUUUGUUUGCACAAAGAGGCAGGGUGUAUGUCAUCUACUGCAUGUUAGAGAGAGGCCAGGAAUUGAAGGACUGUUUUGUAAUUGCCCUCUUUAGGGAUUCCCUUGCCCUUUCUGAAGGGUUUUGGUACAGAUUUCACACACAACCCUCUACCAAAUGGUGUAAAUGUUUCCGCUUUUAGAAAAAACAAUACAAACUGGCAACAAAAUAUAAAACCCUACUUUACUGCAAAGAAAAGGGGGAAGACUGAGCUGAUGCUGUUUGGAUUAAUUUGGGUAAUCUUGCAAAAGGCAAGUAAUUUACCAUCUAUUGUACAGUCAGUCUACAACGUUUGAUUUUUUUAUAUAACUUUGUAGCAUCUUAGGUCAGGUUGUGUUUGUGUAAAAUGACCAUAUUGAAUAAACCCAUAGGGUUAAGAUUAAAGAAUAUUAAUUAGUUCA